AUGAAAGAAAAAGUCUCCGAGCAGCUCGAGAAAUAUUUCUUUAAUCUUCAGUAUGAAGACUAUGAUAAACCUGACCAAAAACUCAUUCAGCUUCUAUCCUUGGAAACUGAAGAAUGCGAAGAACUAUAUCAAAAAGAGCCACAACUUUUUGAUCAAUACUUUAAAAUAGCUAAAGUAAACGAACCUGAUACCGAAUCAGAACAGGAAGACAAUCCUAACAUAAACGUUGUCAAGUUCGAAUACUCAGAUAGCAACGAAGAAAUGGAAGCAGAAUUUUCAUAUAUGGCCACAAACAGAGGCGAGAGAAAGAAGAAAAAGAAGUAUGAGUUCAAAAAUGCCUAUCCACAAUGGUAUUCCAAAUAG